AUACGAAGUGAUUGCUAGUGCAGUUACACGUCAGUUUAAUACAGUAGCUAUGAAGGCAAAGCUGUGUGUGUUACUGCUAUAUUUAGCGGCCGUUUUGGCCAGUGAUGAAUGGCUGGAAGUGAAGACAGCACAAGGACUGGUGCGUGGGCGAAAACAUGCUGCCGGAGGAACUUAUGUGUUCUACAAUGUACCUUACGCUACAGCACCCAGAGGAAAAGAUAAAUUUAAGGCACCUCUUCCACCAGCUGUUAGAUCAGACCCAUACGAUGCUGUCAACGAAAAUAUUGUAUGCCCUCAAUUUCACCUAGAAGGUGAAAUAAUGCCUAAAUAUUUGGUGCGUCACGAAGACUGUCUAGUCGCAACUAUUUACGUUCCUAUUACUGAAAAGAAAGAUCUCUCCGUCUUAGUAUACGUUCAUGGUGGUGGUUUUGUAAUUGGAUAUGGAGACAUGAUGAGAGCACUGAAUUUGAUGGAAAACAAUGAUAUGAUUGUGAUCACCUUCAAUUAUCGCUUAGGUAUUCACGGGUUCCUUUGCUUGGGUACUGAAGAUGUACCAGGGAACGCCGGUAUUAAAGACCAAGUAGCCCUACUGCGCUGGGUACAGGAGAACAUUGCUAACUUUGGAGGCAAUCCUAAUGACGUAACACUGGCCGGUGGUAGUGCAGGUUCUGCAGCUGUCGAUCUAAUAAUGCUAUCUAAAUCAGCAGAAGGUUUGUUCCACCGAGUGAUACCGGAAAGUGGCGGUAAUCUCGCUGCAUUCGCAGUUCAAAGGGAUCCAGUAGAGAUAGCAAGAUCACAUGCAAAGAAAUUUAAUUUCACCAAAGCAGAUGAUAUUUAUGCUUUGGAACAUUUUUACAAGACAGCUCCUAUGGAUUUGCUGACAGCAGAUCCAUUUUUUGACAGAACUGAUUCUACUUUUGUUUUCUCACCCUGUGUGGAGCGUGACACCAAAGGUGCAUUCUUAACAGAAUCUCCUCUAAGUAUACUGAAGAAAGGAAACUACAAGAAAGUGCCAUUGUUGUAUGGUUUCGCUAAUAAGGAGGGUCUAAUGCGUAUCGACUUCUUUGAUUACUGGAAGAACAAGAUGAAUGAGAACUUUGCUAGUUUCUUGCCAGCUGACUUACAAUUUGAUUCAGAUGAAGAAAGAGACGAAGUGAUCAAUAAAAUUAAACACUUUUACUUUGAUGAUAAACCUGUAGGCGAAGACAACAUUUUGGGAUACGUCGAUUUCUUUUCGGAUGUUCUAUUUACCUAUCCUAUGCUACGUGCAGUGAAGUUACAUGCGGAAGCUGGACAUGAUCAAAUAUAUUUGUAUGAAUUCUCUUAUGUUGAUGAGAAUACACCUGUGGUGCCACACACUGAAGUCAAAGGUGCUAACCACUGCGCCCAAACAACGGCGGUAAUGGAUGGCAAUAUAUUAGACAAAAGUGAAUUGAAAAUGAGCGAUAGAUAUAAGAAAGUAAAGAAAAUGGUACGAGAACUUUGGCGUAACUUUAUUAAAACUGGGAAACCAGUACCUGUGGGAUCAUCCCUGCCUGAAUGGCCAGCAGCCGGCGCAGACAGGUCCCCUCACAUGUCUAUAAACGACGACUUGGAACUACGUGGUGUCCUGCUGGAGGAACGAACUCGUUUCUGGGACGAAAUUUACGAGAAACACUACAGGGAUGCCAUCCCACCCCCAACACCCCCUCCAAAAUCACGGGUCGAAUUAUAAAAUUGAUUAUCAACUAAUUUAAUAUAUUUUUCAUAAGGAAAUUAAAGUGUAGUUUUCUACUUCAACACAAUUUAUUACAUUUCCUUAAC